AUGGCCUCCCUGCCGACCGCCGUGCGGUCAGCGGCCCCCAAGGUUGCCCGGCGCGCCCUGCAGCAGCGCCGCUAUAUUUCCGACAUCCACAUCACGCGCACCGGCAAGCCUCUCAUCCGCAUCCAGGGCGGCCGUUCCUCCCUCGGCGAGCACACCGCGACCGUCUUCGGCGCCACUGGCCAGCUGGGCCGCUACAUCGUCAACCGGCUUGCGAGACAAGGAUGCACCGUCAUUGUGCCGUACCGCGAGGAGAUGGCCAAGCGUCAUCUCAAGGUUUCCGGUGAUCUCGGCCGCGUGAUUUUCAUGUCGAUCGAGGAGAGCGUCAGGCACUCUGACGUCGUCUACAACCUGAUCGGCCGUGACUACCCCACCAAGAACUUCUCCCUGGCCGAUGUGCACAUCGAGGGCACUGAGCGCAUUGUCGAGGCCGUUGCCAAGUACGAUGUCGACCGCUUCAUCCAGGUCUCGACCUACAACGCGAACCCCGACUCGACCUGUGAGUUCUUCAGGACCAAGGGUAUCGCUGAGAAGGUGGCCCGCCACGUCUUCCCGGAGACGACCAUUGUCCGGCCUGCUCCGAUGUUCGGCUUCGAGGACAGGCUCCUGCUGAAGCUGGCCAGUGUCACUAACCUCUUUACUUCCAACCAUAUGCGGGAGAAGUUCUGGCCCGUCAACGAAGUCGGCGAGGCCCUCGAGCGCAUGCUCUACGACGACAGCACGGCCGGCCAAACCUUCGAACUGUACGGCCCCCGCCAGUACUCGAUGGCCCAGAUCGCCGAGCUGGUCGAUCGCGAAAUCUACAAGAAGCGCCGGCACAUCAACCUGCCCAAGCCGAUCCUGCAGCCCCUGGCUGAGCUCAUCAACCGCGUCCUCUGGUGGGACACCGGCCUUUCGCGCGACCAGGUCGAACGCGAGUUCCACGAUCAGGUCAUUGACCCUACGGCCAAGACCUUCAAGGACCUGGGCAUGGAGCCCACCGAUAUCAGCAAGUGGACCUACCACUAUCUGCUCCCGUACCGCCCGUCAACAUACUACGAUCUUCCUCCGUCGACGGAAAAGGAGAUGCGGGAAGAGCGGAAGUACCUUCACGUGCUGGACGACCAGUAA